CCGUAACCGCUGUGUUGACAUCAACGAGGCUCAAGAGUGCCAAGUCCUUAGCGCCUCCCGUGACUUGAAGCUAUGUGGAUGACGACCUAAGGAAAGCUCGUUGCCUUCGACGACGACAACCAUCCACCACCCUACAAGAAGCUAUCCAAGCUAUCAUCAACCAUCGCAAGAAGAGCAGGGCACUCCCCAGAUCUUCCUCGCCAUGGUGUACCACGAGGAUACCAUGUUCCGUUCCGCGGACAUGAGCAUGGUGCAGCUCUACAUCGCCAACGAAAUCGGCCGCGAGAUAGUCAACGCCCUGGGCGAGCUCGGACAGAUCCAAUUCCGCGAUGUAGGUAUCUUUGAAGAGAAAAGAGUGUUGGAGCUUCCGGCUGAUGAUUUGCACAGCUCAAUUCCGAUGUUACGGCUUUCCAGCGAACCUUUACACAGGAGAUAAGGAGAUUGGAUAAUGUGGAGAGACAGCUCCGUAGGUGGUGGUCAGCAUGUUAGAGCAAUGGGUACUGAUGGCAGAUUAGGAUUCUUCUACACGCAGAUGGAAAAGGCUGGCAUUCCCCUCCGCAAGAUUGAUCUCGAUGUCGACACCCUCGCAGCGCCAUCCGCCUCGGAGAUUGACGAGCUGGCCGACCGCAGCCAGAGCCUCGAACAGCGUGUUGCUUCGCUGAACGACAGUUAUGAGACCUUGAAGAAGAGAGAGGUCGAAUUGACGGAGUGGAGAUGGGUGUUGAGGGAGGCGGGAGGAUUCUUCGAUCGUGCACAUGGGAAUACGGAGGCGAUUCGGGCUUCAAACGAUGACGACGAUGCGCCGCUUCUGCAGGAUGUUGAGCAGCCUGCUCAGAACGGCGACGCGGAACGGUCGUUCUCGGUCAUGAACAUUGGAUUUGUGGCGGGUGUUAUCCCCAGAGAUAGAGUCGCUGCUUUUGAGCGCAUCUUGUGGAGAACGCUGAGAGGUAACCUCUACAUGAACCAAUCCGAGAUCCCUGAGCCUCUUGUCGACCCCACGAACAACGAGCCUGUCAACAAGAAUGUCUUUGUUAUCUUCGCGCACGGAAAGGAGCUCAUUGCCAAGAUUAGGAAGAUCUCGGAAUCGUUGGGUGCGGAUCUGUACAGUGUUGAUGAGAAUAGUGAUUUGAGGAGGGAUCAGAUCCAUGAGGUCAAUACUCGUCUGGGAGAUUUGGGAAAUGUUCUGGGCAAUACGAAGACCACGCUCGAUGCGGAGCUUACCCAGAUUGCGCAGAGCUUGGCUGCUUGGAUGGUCAUUAUCAAGAAGGAGAAGGCUGUUUAUCAGACGCUGAAUCUGUUUUCGUACGAUCAUGCCAGGAAGACGUUGAUUGCUGAGGCGUGGUGUCCGACAAAUUCUUUGCCUUUGAUCAAGUCGACUCUUCACGAUGUCAAUAACCGGGCUGGACUUUCGGUUCCUUCAAUCAUCAACGAGAUCAGGACAAACAAGACUCCUCCUACCUACCAGAAAACAAACAGGUUUACGGAAGGUUUCCAGACCAUUAUCAAUGCCUACGGAACAGCGAAGUACCAGGAAGUCAACCCAGGUCUGCCUACGGUUGUUACCUUCCCAUUCCUGUUCGCGGUCAUGUUUGGUGAUUUCGGUCACGGAUUCAUCAUGUUUGCUGCUGCGUCGGCUAUGAUCUACUGGGAGAAACCUCUCAAGAAGGUCCGCGAUGAACUGUUCUCUAUGGCGUACUAUGGACGAUAUAUCAUGUUGAUGAUGGGUAUCUUCUCCAUGUACACUGGUCUGAUCUACAACGAUGUCUUCUCGAAAUCCCUCUCCAUCUUCCCCAGUGCCUGGCAAUGGGAUGUGCCUGAGGGAUGGAAGGAAGGAGCCGUUGUUACUGGUUCCUUGAAGAGCGAUUACAGAUAUCCUUUUGGCCUCGAUUGGAUGUGGCAUGGAACUGAGAACGAUCUUCUCUUCUCCAACAGUUACAAGAUGAAACUUAGUAUCCUUAUGGGUUGGUGUCAUAUGACCUACUCGUUAUGUCUAUCCUACAUCAACGCUCGCCACUUCAAAUCCCCAAUCGAUAUUUGGGGUGUCUUCGUCCCUGGGAUGAUUUUCUUCCAGGCUAUCUUCGGAUACCUUGUUUUCACGAUUAUCUUCAAAUGGUGCGUUGACUGGAACGGAAUCGGACAAUCUCCCCCUGGACUGCUGAACAUGUUGAUUUACAUGUUCUUGUCUCCCGGAACGAUCGAAGGACAACUAUACAGAGGCCAAGCCCCAGUUCAGAUAUUCCUGGUACUCAUCGCUAUUGUCCAAGUCCCGAUCCUGCUCUUUCUCAAGCCAUUCUAUCUUCGCUAUGAGCACAACAAGGCUCGUGGAAGAGGAUACAGAGGACUUGGUGAGACAUCUCGUGUCAGUGCUCUCGAUGGAGACGAUGACGAUAGCAAUACCCUGGAUGGAAGGGCUAGCAUGAACAGUGAUGGUGAGGGUGUUGCAAUGAUCACUCAGGAUCUUGGUGGCGAUGAGGAGCACGAGGAGUUUGAGUUCAGUGAGGUUAUGAUCCAUCAAGUUAUCCACACUAUCGAAUUCUGCCUCAACUGCGUCUCCCACACCGCAUCCUACCUCAGACUCUGGGCCCUCUCCCUCGCCCAUCAACAGCUCUCCGUCGUUCUCUGGACCAUGACCCUCGCCAACGGUCUUGCCGUCACCGGCCCCCUCGGCGUAUUCAUGAUCGUCGCCACCUUCUACGUGUGGUUCUUCCUAUCCGUGGCAGUCCUCGUCGUCAUGGAGGGCACGAGCGCCAUGUUGCACUCGCUGCGUUUGCAUUGGGUCGAGGCAAUGAGUAAGCAUUUCAUGGGUGAUGGGAUUCCGUUUGAGCCGUUUAGCUUCAAGACGAUGCUGGAGGAGGAUGAGAGCGCGGCGGAUAUAUCGUAGAUUGUGCUGUGCUGUGCUGUACUAUGCUGGGACGCCCUCUUUGAGGAUGGGCAGGUGUUUCGUUUGUAAAACUGUUGUUGUUAGGUAGUCUGUGGUAGACUUCUUGUAGAAUUAUGCAUUAUCACAGCUGUAGAUGUGCGUCCCUUCUGAGCUGUAUCACCAAAGCUUCAAAGCUUGGUCUGACCAGACAUCAUCUGGUCUGUCUUGUGGAGAGAUUCUAAUCCCCUCCUCCCAUGUGCGAUUAUCGUUUCUUUUCUUUUUCCUUCCCGCACCGCGUGCGAACUUGCCCGGUUCGACAUGAAGAUUGGUUCCAUUGGAAAGUGGGGGUUAAAGCAACAGAUAGUAGAUAGGUAUGAGAACUUAGGUAGGUAUAAUGAGCACGACUUCCUUCCUCCGAUCUUGAUUCGUUCAUAUCCGGAGCUUUCCCAGGAUGGAGGGAAGGGAUAUCUCCAAUGAACCGGGAUUUUGCCAUGCUGAGGUAUGCCAUGCCAUAGGUAGGUACAUACUCGGGAACGUAUUCUGCCUCCUCCCUCUUAUGUAUGUACUUUUCGAGGUAGAGAAUGUAGGUAUUCCAUUAAUAUUCUAUACUUAAGGUACUUGGCCGCUGGAUUGGUUUGGUUGGGAUGGGUUGGCCGUGACUCGCUGUUGUGCUCCCCAGGAUCAUAGGUUGGUAGGUGGGUAGGUAGACUGGAGUGAGAUGCAUCCCUCCUGUCUUCACC